AUGGCUAGGUUUUUCGCUUUAGGAUUGGAGGUCGGGAGAACUUCUUCUACUGCAAGAAAUGUGAUAUGUAAAAGCUCUGUAUCUAUACUUUUAUAUGGGAUUGAUACUGCUUUUGGUAAUCACACAAGCUCAUGUUAUUCAGUUAGUUUGCGCAACAAGCACCUUUGCGUGGAGACCUCUAUGAAACAUCACUGCCCAAUUUGUUACGAGGUUUCCCCCUUUGCUUAUUUUCACUUUAUCCAUCCGUUCCUAAAAAUUUUACUCUUAGAUGUCCAAACACUCUGUAUUUUUCUCAUUUACAGUAUUUGUUUUGACUCUCUAAAGUAUACAACCGUCGUGAAGUGCGGUCACACAAUGCAUUGUGAAUGUUGUUAUGAGCUGAUAAAGCGUGAGAAGUAA